GGGCGCAGUGGGCCGGAGCUUGGGAGGCUUCAGCGGGGUCGCCGUUUGCUCCCUGCUCUGCUUCACUGGGACGGAGAGGGGACCAGCAGGACUUUGGAACCUGUUCCUGGAGGCGUUGCAGUAAGAGGGUGCAAGGUCAACAGGCGCGCUUGGCGCCCCCACGCAGCGGGUGCCCGAGUGGCUCCCCACAGCCCCGGGGUAGGGGCGGGCCCUGAAUCUCCGGGUGCCGGGGCGUCACGGGCGCCCGCUCCUGAUUGGCUGCCGCCACGGUCACGGGGCCGGGCGCUCCGAGAUUGGCAGAGCCCGAGGCCAGAGCCGGAGUAGCGGGACCCGGGCGUCUGGUCGCAGUCCGAGGGGCUGGCGUCGGCACCAAAUCCAAAGCCCACGUUGGGAGUCUGGCCGGGAAGCGCGCACCAUGCCCUACGUGCUCAUCAGCACUCAGAUCCGCAUGGAGGUGGGUCCCACCAUGGUGGGCGAUGAGUACUCCGAUCCAGAGCUGAUGCAGCAUUUGGGGGCCUCAAAAAGAGGCGUCCUGGGAAACAACUUUUACGAGUACUACGUCAAUGACCCUCCUCGAAUAGUCCUGGACAAGCUGGAACGCAGGGGCUUCCGUGUGCUGAGCAUGACGGGCGUGGGCCAGACGCUGGUGUGGUGCCUGCACAAGGAGUGACCCGCACUGUGAGGAGCGGACAGGGCACCCCUUCUCUGAGUGGCUGCCUGUGGGUCCUGAUCCCAAGCCCUCCUCACUCACUGCCCUGCCCCUCUUCCCAAACUGUCCUCUUCCCUUGGACCAGCACCACUGGGCAGUGAAUGGCCCUCUGAAACCUGCUCCCAGCUGCCCCUCCACCUUCCAGCUGGGUGAGGGUCCAUGUUCAUGGGCAGGCUGAGGGGCUGGCAAGAGCGAGGCUGCCUUUGUCAGGAGCACUGGCCCUGAGACUGGGCGGGUGGGUCCUGUGCCGCUAAUCUAAGCCAAUAAA